AUGACCAAGCCUGACCGAGUUAUACUCAUCACUGGAGCCUCAGGAGGGAUCGGAAGAGCUUGUGCUACAUCAUUGUCACACGCUCUGCCUUCCCCUGUGGUCUUUAUACUAUCAGGACGACGGAUUGCUGAGCUUCAAGAGACUGCAAAGCAGCUCCGAGAUGGCACCAUAGCUGAACUUGUAAUCGGCAAUGUCAGUGCUGAAGAAGACGUACGAUCAAUGUUUCAGUUGAUCAAAGAAAAGUAUGGAAGGCUGGAUUUGUUGUUCAAUAACGCAGGAGUAGAUCUGUUAAAUUCCGUUCCUCUUGAAGACGCCGACAUCAAUAAAUUUCGCCAAGUGUUGGAAGUGAACGUCAUGGCCGCGGUCAUUUGCACCAAAGAGGCUAUAAAAAUCAUGAAGGCGCAAACCCCUCCAGGCGGUCGUAUAGUCAACAAUGGAAGUACCUCAGCUAUGUCUCCGCGUCCCAACUCAGCAGCAUAUACCGUUUCUAAACACGCGAUCUUGGGACUAUCUCGGUCGACCUCUCUCGAUGGGCGUAAAGACAAUAUAUGCUGCACACAACUAGACAUUGGGAACGCGCAAACAUCAUUAGGCGUGCAUGCAGCAAAAGGAUGCAGACAGGCGGACGGGAGUAUCAGGCCCGAGCCGAUGAUGGACGUCGAUAAUGUAGGCAGAACGCUGGUCUACCUGGCUGAACUUCCCCUUGGGGCAGACGUGCAAAAGUUGGAGAUUCUACCGUUGGGCAUGCCUUUCAUUGGUCGAGGAUAG